AUGGGUGCUCAAGCAGUUUCCGAGACCAAGCCCACCAGCACGUCAAUCGACUCGCUGAGAGCUGCCAUUCCCAAGCACUGCUUCCAGAAGUCGACAUCGACUUCUAUGAGCUACAUCGUGCGAGACAUCGCCCUUGUCUGCACCGUGUUCUACAUGGGCUCUCAGAUCCAAUAUGCGCCAUCAUUCGCUCUCAGAUGCGCCCUAUGGGCACUUUACAGCGUCUUCCAGGGAUUCGUCUUUGUGGGAAUCUGGAUUUUGGCUCACGAGUGCGGUCACCAGGCCAUGUUUGACAAUGGCACUGCCAACGACACAUUCGGUCUUAUCAUGCACAGCUUCUUGGGUGUUCCUUACUUUUCCUGGGACACAGUCAAAGAAAUCUUCCACAUGACUGAAGAUGCACCUAUCGUCAGCUUGAUAUUCCUUAUGGGACACCAAUUGAUUGGCUGGCAAAUCUACAUGCUCACCUACGCCUCUUCUGGCUACAAGAGUCUUGCAAACUUCAAGGACCCUCGUACCACUUCCAACCUCAGUCACUACUCUCCUUUCUCUCCGAUCUACCUUCCUUCUCAACGUCUGGCCAUUCUGAUUUCUGAUCUUGGUCUCCUCGCUGUUGGCUACGGUCUUUACUACGCUACCCAGGUUAUGGGCUUGACUCAGGUUGCAUUGCUCUAUGGCCUUCCUUACCUCUGGGUCAACCACUGGCUUGUCGCCAUUACUUACCUUCACCACAACCACGGCGAUGCUGAGCACUUCGAGCAAGGCACUUGGACUUUCGAGAAGGGCGCUUUGGCCACCGUUGACAGAGACUUUGGCUUUGUCGGUCGCGAGCUGUUCCACGGUAUCAUUGAGUUCCACGUUGUUCACCACCUUNUUCCCGUAAGUUCCAAGUUACUCAUUUGUUGCAUGAGAGAAAAGCUAACACGCCACGAUAGUCGCAUUCCGUUCUACCACGCUGAGGAGGCCACUGGUGCCAUCCAGCCCAUGCUUGGCAAGAAGUACAUUCGUGACAACACUUCAUUCCUCAAGGCUCUCUGGAAGGCUUGGACAAGCCACCACUUUGUUGUGGAGCACGAGACCAAGCCUGGUGUUCUUGUCUGGGCAAAGUAA